AGAGAACGUUGAACAGUUAAAACCGCCUCCAUUAUUCUAGUAAAAUAAACAAAAUCAAACAAGGAACUUGUGUACUUAGGAGAAAGUUCAAUCAAGCCUUUUAGAACUGUAAUCGAUGAGCCAACGAGGGAGAGAUGAGUUGAAGAGGAGGGACUGUAAAGACAAAAGAGGAAACCACCUUGUCCCAGAGCAAACCUGUACCCAGACAGACAUGUCUCUUUAGAAGUCCCUUCCCUGUCACGAUGUGAGGCAGUUCGUCACUCUCCAGGGAGAACAGUCACUAAACAGCGGAAUUUCUACAAACUUCAGAAAUGAUCCGAAUCAACAACACCCAAUAUUUCCACUUCCUGCAGCAGGCAGAUGCUUUACGCCGCUCGGGGUCACUGUGUGAUGCCAUCAUCUCCGUGAAGAGUCAUACAUUCAGGGCUCACCGGCUAGUACUGGCCUGCGCGAGCAGGAGACUGGCACAGCAGCUAGCCCAAGGUGACCCAGACUUCCCAGCCCACUGUACCCUGGAGUACUUCUCACCACGCACCUUCCAGCAGGUGCUGGACUUCACCUACACCCAGGCCCUCGAGGUGUCUGUGGAAGACCUGUACCUGCUGCUGAGAGCUGCUCAGCUGCUGGAGAUGCCGCCGCUGGAGGACCAGUGCCGCAAACAGCUGGAUACCCUCGACCACAGAGCCAGGGAAGAGGAGGAGAGCGGAGAAGUCAAACAUGUCAAAGAAGAAAAAGAAAGUGCUAUGGAAACGGUUCAAAAGAAAAAAGGAAGUCCAGUCCAAGAGGAGAAGCUCCAAGAGACUUCCUCGUCUGGGAGGAAAGCAAGCGGAAGCAUUGUCAGGGAAAAUCUUUCUGCAAAGAACCACAGUAGUUCACCAGCCACAAGAAAGAAGCCCAGGCUGUCCCCGUUGUCACCAGCACCCUACAACGCUGACAGUGUUCUCACCAGGCCUGCUGUCAGCAGUUCCUCUUCCUCCUCUCCCUGGACUUUCUCCGCAAACAUGUGGAGCUCUGUGAACACCCUGAGGCAAAUAGCAGAAAACUAUUCAAACUUCUUUGGAGCACACCCUCGACAGUCCCCAAAUCAGUCCUCGGCAGCAUACCCCUUCUCUCUCUCCACUCCCCACAUGUUCCCCUUACUGAGCCCGCAUUUUCAAAACCAAGUUCACAACUCCGUAACGCGCCACUCAGGCUUUUAUCCAAGUUGUACACAACACUACUACACUGGAUCCCCAGGGAUGAGAGGCAUAAUCAAGCAAGGCCUGUUGAGAAGAAAAAAACCCAGCCAAAGAGCCUUUAGCGCGCCUGUUCAAGGUGUUGAGCAAAGAUACCACCAAGUGCCCAAAGGCAGCCCAGAGAGAGUGGAAGACUGCCAUCGCUGCAAUAAAGGCCUCACCGUUGAUCCAGUGCUGCAGGAAUCAGCCUCCGCACCAUCAGGUGAGGCCUGCGCAGGGUGUCGGUUGUGUGGAAGAGGAGAUGUGGUGCAGCGUGAGCCACCGUCCAAUCAGCAAGACCACAGAAGAGACAAACCCUACCAGUGCCAACACUGUCCCAAAAAGUUCAGCCUGAAACACCAGCUGGACACACACCACCGAGUUCACACCGCCGUUCCCUCUGCCCAGGGUGCCCAGGUUGCCCACUCUCCACUGGCGUUGAAGUCUUGGACUUGACAGACCAACAGAGCCAUUAACUGAUGCACGUGGCCUGUGGUGCAGUCAGACAGUGGUACCUGGUAAGUGGUGUGGAAACGAUGCAGGUCUACUUUGAAUGGACCCAAAUCGAGCGGAGGGGUUCAAAGCGAGCGCCCCCGGCCCCGCUCAAUCUCUGCUUCGAUAUAUAGGAUGUUUUAACUUGGCACAUCAUAUCCUGGGCAAUAAAAUGAGAUGGAAGAAGAUGUUAGUGCUGAGCCAGUCAAACAUCAGCACCUUAAAGUUGGAGUACACAUCAUUCGCCACACGAUGUCGCUAUGUGCUUUAAGUCUCCACCAGGCAUUUUAAUUAUUUACACCUGAAUGUUUCCCUGUGUGACAAAAUGUCUUCAGCGAAAAUGGCCAUGUAAAAUUCAUUGCUGUGAACAUCUGAACUAUAAUGUAAUCUGAUGCAAUAACAGUGCAGUAGUAGUGUUGUGCUGCUGUGACGUUUAGAAUGUCCUUUUUGUUUAGACUGGAACAUAACAGAAGAUAAUCAACUUGUCCCCAACCCUCUCUCCUAGAACUUACACCUACUGCACAUUCUCAAUGAAUCUAUAUUACAUUGUGUCAUAGACAGCCCAGCCCACAUUGGCUUAGCAGAUAAUAAUUCAUUCAUCUGUCAUAUUAAUAUCUCAGAUCUUAACAAAACAUUACUAGAUCAGCCCCAAAAGCCUGACAAGGAUUCUUCUACAUAUUUCAAAAGUAAGAUAGAGGAUAAAACAUAAAUAUUCAUAACUUAUCAAAUGUGUGAAUGAAAAAUGAAUAAUAUGGGGGCUUAAACUCACUAUUCAAAUUAAAUGUGCACCAGAAACUUAGCAAGAGUCCCUCCAUCUCUCCUCUAACAACCUCUAAAAGUGUUAUUUUGACUUUUGCCAUCAUCUGCCAUGGCUUUCCCGUUGGAUAUCAAUAACAACUAAAAACAACAUGCUACACAUUUUUAAAAAAGAAAAGACAUCUGCCUGUUUCAAAUGCUUGAGUAAAUAAGUUAGCUUUUUAAAACAGAUUUCAGGAAACAGAAAACAGAAAAGCCAGCUUUUCACCCAUGGCAGUAGGAGAGGGCACAUAAAUAUCCUCAACGGAGGAAUUUAGGUUUCUCUGUGCAGAACUGUGGGAUGAUGGGGGUUAUUUCCAGUUGUUGUUGUUUUUCUUCAACGUGGAAGAAAGCCCUGGCUUUGAGAUUUUACAGUUAGGUAACAGUAUUUAGCUGUGUCCAACUUUAAAUCGAUAUGAUUUAUCAAGAAAUUAGAAUACUUUUGAAAUAUUUUUAUUUUUUUAAACUGUUAUUCUGUCAAUGACUCAGAUGAAGGUGAAUUGUUUUUUCCCCAGAAAUCUUAGUCAUUUUGCAUCAUAAAUCUUGCUACACAGAUAAAGUUUUAUUUGUAAUACCACAACACUGACAAAACAUUUCCACCUCCGUCUCAAUGGGUGUGAGCAGCUGGAAUUGGGAAAGAGAGAAGCUUAAAUGUCAACAUCACGGUGAUGUGUAACGCCACCCUGAUGUUGACACUUAAGUUUUGGAUCAAAUGUGCUGACAAUUAUUGGAUGGAUUUGUAUGAAAUGUGGUUCACACAUUCACGUCCUCCUCAGGAAGAAUUGCAACCAGUGAUCCCUUUACUCUUCAUUUUGCGCCACAUCCGUCCCGGUUCGUAUCCUCCCGUGCAUGUGCCACAGUGUCCUGGGUCCUGGGGCGAGAAUUUGUUGACUCUCAGUCUUGAUUUCCAAUCCCCUUACAGGUGCCAAAGGUUGUUACUUUCAUAGCCAAAUGAAUUGUAUAAUAUCAAAUCCUAGUGUUAUAUACUAUAGAUGUUGUGCUUUACAACGGACAAUCUACUGAAACUGCUCACGGCCUGUCAUUGUGUGUACGUGUUCACAGUGUGAGCUAUACCAGCGUCUUAGUCUUUCGGAAAUUCUUCUUCUAGCUGAUCUCACUCUGAUUCACAAUUUGACACAACUUGCCUUCAUCAGUUGCUUUAGGUGGGGCUGGAUUUUUUUUUUUUAAUCGUUACUGUCAUCAAGGAUGACUGAUAUCAUUGGCAUGGGGCUCUGGCAGUCAGCUAAGAGUCUGCAUUCCUUCAUUGUAUUACAAAACCACACAUACUCACAUAUAUAGUUUAAGUUUUCUAAUAGCAUCAACUUGGUGCCCUAUAACAGUAGCAAACAAUCAACACGACGAUGCUCCUGAUUUUUAUACAGAGCCUACAGUAAAUCUGUAGGUAAGAAGUGCAAAUGCUGAAAACUGUUCCACAUGGUGUUCACAAGAGAGAGCAGAGGAAACAGCUCUUCCCUACAAUGAAAAAAGACAAUUUCCUACCAACUAACAUCAACUGGAAAUUAAUGAAGUUUGUUCAAGUCAACAAUUGAUAACUUUCAGUUGAACAAACUGAUGACAUUUGUUUGUUGCCAACUGAAGUAUUUUCUUUAGGUUGGGCAAUCUUCUUUUUUCACAAUGCACCACAACUUGAUUCUUCCUUUUCCUCUUCAAAUUCAGUACCUCAAGCAUAAAGGAAGUGCUCUCCUACAUGCAAUAUUUGUGAGGCACUUACAUUUGAUAAUGAUCUAUCUGAUGACGAUCAACCCCCAGAAGUCCCUCGCAUAUCCGGAAAUUUAGACCAGACUGACGGAAGAUACUCCGAAUGACUCAGAAAGAGAAAAGACCUUCCCCCAUUUUGCUGUGCCCUCAAUCUCACAUAGCAUACUUUAACUGAAAGCAGUCACAACAACUAACUACAUAAAGCUCUCAAAGCCAAACACUAGAGCAGCAGGGCAGGGGUAUCUCCUCUUGAACCUGUAUGUGGUAGGCUGUGGACCAAGCUCCAAAACUCAAAUAGCUCACAGCUUGUUGGACUUUCCCUUCAUGAUGAAGCGACCGCAAUGUCUAAACCACGCCGCUAAAACUGACUUCCACCAGUAACUUUAUAGUCUUGAGGCCAAAGAUGAUGACAUUCUUACAAUCCCAGGUGGAGUGUCAGCGAGUUAGUGUCUAAGUGAACCAGCAAGAAUUAUUGGUGUAAUAAAAACAUUUUAAAAGAUAGAAAAAUGCAUAUUGAAUUGCUUUUACGAUCAUAGUCUGAAGUUCAUUUGAAAUAGUGUGUGUGCGUGUGUCUCUCUGUGUGUGUGUGGGGGUGUGUUUGUGUCAUACUAUAGUUGAGAGCUCCAAUUUGGGCUCUACACCAUUGUUGUGGGACAUGUUGACGUUGUGAGGACAUGUUGACGUUAUGAGACAUGUUGACGUUGUGAGACAUGUUGACGUUGUGAGGACAUGUUGACGUUGUGAGGACAUGUUGACGUUGUGAGGACAUGUUGACGUUGUGAGGA